UUUUUAUGUCGCAGCAUGAGAAAGCAAACACAUUUCACAAGUCCGUGUGACGGUGAUCAAGAAACAAGAACAAGGAACAACAUACGGGAGGAAAAUAACAAGAACAAUUUCUACCUCUCUGGAGCUUUCUGGAUCUUUUCUACCCGGCAACAGGCAAGGAUGUCUUUAUGUGGACGUUUUCUGUCCGAUGAGCAGUUUCUGUGCUCGAUCUGCCUCGAUGUUUUCAACAAUCCUUCGUCCACGCCGUGCGGACACAGCUUCUGUCUGGCCUGCAUCAACAGAUACUGGGACGGGGCGAUGGUGUGCGUGUGUCCUCUGUGUAAGAAAACCUUCAUGAAGCGCCCAGAUCUGCAGAUCAACCGGACGCUGAGAGAGAUCACCGAUCAGUUCAGAUCAAUGACUGGAGGGGGAGGAGUGGGGAAGGAGAAGGGAGGAAGAAGAGGAGGAGGAGGAGGAGGAGGAAGAGGAGGCGGAAUACCGGAUAAUUUAUAUGAAGAAUUAAGGAAGAAGCUGCCUCGAGUUUCACCAAAACCUCGAAAGACUUUUCCCAGUGAGACUCCAGCUGUGUCCAUCCCAUCAUCAUCAUCAUCAUCAGUCACCCCCUCUCUGGCUUCUUCAGUCCCGAGCCAAAGUCCCAUCGCUGCCAUUAAGAUCCCCUCCGCCCCCCAUCUUCCUCAGCCAUCUUACCCUCGCUCCAACAGCCGGAGAAGGUUCACUAUGAGCGGGGCGGCGAACGGCCCGAACCUCCCCGUCUGUGAGAUCCACCACCGAGGAACCAUGAUUUACUGCCGGACUGAUAAAGUGUGUAUCUGUCCGGAGUGUGAGACCGAGGAGCAUCAGGGUCACGAUACGGUGACUCUGGAGGUCGAGUGGAUGGAAACCAAGGACAGGCUGGUUGUGUCGCAGCAGGAGAUCCAGGAGAUGAUCAGACAGAGAAUCGGAAAGAUCGAGGAGAUCAGAAAGUCAGCGAGUGAACUGCAGAUGGUAGUAGAGCGAGAGACAUCCGGCAGCAUCUCCCUGCUCUCAGACCUGGUUUUGGCCGUCAAGCGCUCGCAGGCGGAGCUGCUGGAGGUGAUGGAGAUGAGCCGGAAGGCGGCGGAGCAUCAGGCCGACGCCCUGAUCCGACAGAUAGAGCUGGAGGUGGAGGAGCUGCGGAGGAGAGAGAGCAACCUCAAAGAGCUCGUCCAAUCAGAAGACCACAUGCACUGUGUCAAGACGUUCCCCAUCCUCUCCAGCCCCCCGCCUGCCAAAGACUGGUCGGGGGUGUCGUUGACCCAUGACCUCGGAACAGGGACCGUCUACAGGUCGCUGGCCGCUCAGAUGGAGAGGUUUCAGGAGGAACUGAAGAACAUCGCAGAAAAAGGUUUUCCUCCAUUAGUACUGGAACCCAGUCCGGUCCGACCACAGCCCAAGAUCAGGAGGGUGCAGGAGUACACAGCGGAUGUGACUCUGAACGGCAACACCGCUCACGCCAGACUGAUUCUGUCAGAGGACAUGAAGAGCGUGCGUUGUGGAGAUCGGCACCAGAUGCUUCCAGAUAACCCCGAGAGGUUUGACAGAGUGGUGUGUGUGUUGGGGAGAGAGAGCAUCUCCACUGGGAGGCACUACUGGGAGGUGGAGGUGGGGGGGAAGACGGACUGGGACCUGGGUGUCGCCCGACAGUCCAUCAACAGGAAGGGGAAGAUCGAGGUAACCCCGAGCAACGGGUACUGGUUCCUCAGCCUGAGGGAGAGGAACAAGUACACCUUUCGCAGCGAGCCCUCCACUGACGUGCAGCUGAGCCUCUACCCACAGAAGAUCGGGAUAUUUGUGGACUUUGAGAAAGGACAGGUGUCUUUCUACAACGUUGACGCUAAAAUCCACAUCCACACGUUCCACGACUCGUUCACCGAGUGCAUCUUCCCGUUCUUCAGCCCCUGCACCAACAAAUCUGGGAAGAACGACGGGCCGCUCACUAUCACACCUGUCACAUGAGACAAACACACCGGUCACAUGACACACACCUACCUGGAAGUUGUGUUUCUUUUUUUUUUUACACACUUAGUUAUCUUGUAAACAUUAUUCCAGGUCAUGUUUUUGAGAUAUAAAUCCAUGUUUGGCUGCUUCAAACUUUCUCCUGAUUGUAAAUAGUUCAUGGCAAUUUGAAUAUUGUGUGCUGAUCAUUUAUUAAAACAAUCACAUUCAAUUAACAAACA